GUUGUCGGUGUUCGUUGAAUGAAAAGAGCGAGGACCGGUGAGGACGGAAUCAAAACAAAGAAGACAAAUAAUGGCGUCCAAUAUAGUUAGCACUGGUGAAAGGCUACUUGCCCUAAUUGAUGACAUAGAAUUAAUUUCAAAGGAAUUAAUUGAGAACACCAUUGCACAAAAACAUCAGAAACUGUCAAGCUCUGAGCAUUUUUUAAUUACUGAAUUACUUGUGGCCAAAGACAGUGAAUUGAAGGAGGUUCUUAAAAUGGCAACAGAACAAGCCAAAAUUAAUCACAAGAUGGAAUCUUUGAAAAGGGAAGUUGAGAGGCAAGACCAGUACAUCCAGCAACUUCAGCGGCAACUAAAGGAGGCAGAACAAAUUCUUGCAACUGCUAUAUAUCAAGCUAAACAAAAACUUCAGUCCAUAGCAAGAGCCAGCAAGCGACCAGUGCCUUCAGAGGACUUGAUCAAGUUUGCUCAUAGAAUUAGUGCAUCUAAUGCUGUGUGCGCUCCACUGACAUGGCAGCAGGGUGAUCCUCGGCGACCAUAUCCAACAGAUAUUGAAAUGCGUCUGGGAUGUCUUGGUCGUUUAAGCGAUCUACCAAUCAAUGGUCAUCUUCUGCAGCAGCAGAACAGCCUUACAGAUCUCCACAGGACAGGCCAUCCACCUGGAUCAGAGCUUCCUGCAUCCCAGCAGAACCAGUUUGCAUGGCAUCCAUCAGGUGAAAUCCACAUGACAGUGGGGGGACAAGGUAGCGUUUCUAUGGAUACCAGGAAUCACACUACAGAGGAUGUAGAAGUGAUGUCAACAGAUUCUAGCAGCAGUUCCUCAAGUGACUCCCAGUGAUACAUUUUGGAAGUUGAAAGUAGUCAUUCUGUUAUUAUAAUAAAUGUGUACAUAAUUAUCUUGUAUUUUGUUGGGAGAGAAAUAACAGUAUCUAAUGUGUUGAAGCAAAUAUGAGAGUCUGGAAUUCAGAGACAUGUUUCAAUGAGGAAAAUAUAAGUUUGGAUCUUGUAACUUCAGUUUUAUUUCUAUUUAACUUGUAAAACUGUCAAUAAAGAUGAUUUGGAGUUAGUAUUUAUUA